GCCAAAGAACUGUCCUCGAAAGAAGUCGCCCAAGAUUUGAGCUGGCGGAUCAUAAUGGGGGUGCACAUAUGGCAUUGGCUGCUUAUGUUCUUCAGCUUGGCCCCAUUAUCUUGUAGUUUGAGUGAUGAUGGUCUGGCACUUCUGGAUCUCUCCAAGACACUAAUGCUGCCAAGUUCCAUAAGCUCGGAUUGGAGUGCUGAUGAUGCAACUCCAUGUGCAUGGAAAGGAGUUAGUUGUGAUGGAAUGAACAAUGUGGUUUCUCUUAACUUAUCAUAUUCGGGAUUGUCUGGUUCGCUAGGUCCUCAGAUAGGACUCAUCAAGCACCUGGAAGUCAUUGAUUUGUCAGGUAAUGGUAUAUCAGGAUCAAUGCCAGCUUCCAUUGGCAACUGCACCAAACUGCAGGUGCUCCGUCUACUGAAAAAUAAAUUGAAUGGGAGCCUUCCAGAUACAUUGAGCAAUAUUGAAGCACUAAGGGUUUUUGAUGUCACCCACAAUAGCUUCACAGGAGAGGUAAAUUUCAGAUUUGAGAACUGCAGGCUUGAGAAGUUCAUCUUGUCGUACAAUUAUCUCAGAGGCGAAAUCCCAGAGUGGAUAGGGAAUUGUAGCAGCUUGACACAGAUUGGAUUCGUCAACAAUAGUCUCACCGGUCAAAUACCAAGUUCAAUCGGUUUAUUGAGAAACCUCUCAUACCUUGUACUUUCUCAGAACUCCUUGUCUGGCCCAAUCCCUCCUGAGAUUGGCAAUUGCCAAUUGCUUAUAUGGCUGCAUCUAGAUGUAAACCAGCUCGAGGGUACUGUUCCAAAAGAAUUAGCAAACCUAAGGAACUUGCAGCUGCUCUAUCUUUUUGAUAAUCGCUUCACUGGGGAGUUUCCUGAAGAUAUAUGGGGCAUCCAGAGCCUAGAACAUGUGGACAUCUAUAACAACAAUUUCACUGGGCAUCUGCCUCCAAUGUUGGCUGAAAUGAAGCAGCUGCAGCAAAUUACGUUGUUUAAUAAUUCAUUCACUGGUGUCAUACCACAGGGGUUGGGUGUCAACAGCAGCCUAUCCGUAAUUGAUUUCAUAAACAAUGGUUUUGUUGGCACAAUCCCGCCGAAAAUUUGUUCAGGGGGAAAACUGGAGGUGUUGAACUUGGGUUUAAAUUUUCUAAAUGGUAGCAUCCCAUCUGUUAUCGCUGACUGCCCAACUUUGAGGCGAGUAAUUCUCAAGCAAAACAAUCUUACUGGAUCAAUUCCAAAAUUUGUAAAUUGUAGCAGUCUUGACCAUAUUGAUCUGAGCUAUAAUUUUUUAAGUGGGGACAUUCCUGCUAGUCUUAGCAAAUGUAUCAACGUUACAUAUGUGAACUGGUCAGGAAACAAGCUUGUUGGUCCAAUACCACCAGAAAUUGGAAAACUAGCGAGCUUAGUUAGUCUUAAUCUCUCAGGAAACAGACUAUAUGGUGAGAUCCCUGAGGAAAUUUCUGGAUGCUCCAAGUUAUAUCUGCUUGAUUUGAGCUUUAACUUUUUGAAAGGUUCAGCACUCACAACUGUAAGUAACCUUAAAUCUAUGUCACAGCUACGUUUGCAGGAGAAUAAAUUUAGUGGAGGCUUACCUGACUCUCUAUCACAGUUGGAUAUGCUUAUCGAACUGCAACUUGGUGGCAACAUUCUUGGGGGGAGUAUCCCUUCAUCUUUAGGAACACUAAUUAAACUGGGCAUUGCAUUGAACCUUAGUAGCAAUGGAUUAACGGGUGGCAUUCCACCGCAAUUAAGCAAUUUGGUGGAGCUGCAGAGUUUAGAUUUGUCGUUUAAUAAUCUCACUGGAGGUCUUGCUUCAUUAGGAAACCUACAGUUUUUAUCUUUCUUGAAUGUUUCCUAUAAUAUGUUUACUGGACCAGUACCAGAAAAUCUUGUGAGGUUUCUGAAUUCCACUCCAAGUUCUUUUAGUGGAAAUCCUGAUCUAUGCAUGUCUUGCCACAGCAAUGAUUCGUCUUGCAUGAGAACUAAUGUUCUAAAACCUUGUCUUUUACCGAAGAAAAAGAGUGCACAAGCACCACUGAAGGUUGCUAUGAUAGUUCUUGGUUCAUUGUUUGUGGGUGCAUUUCUGAUACUCUGUGUCCUGCUAAGAUAUAAUUUGAAGCCUAAGAUUAGUAAUGAAUUAGGUAUGUUAUUUCAAGGAUCUUCUUCCAAAUUAAAUGAGGCUGUAGAAGUGACUGAAAACUUCAAUGACAAGUACAUAAUUGGUUCUGGAGCUCAUGGAACUGUUUAUAAGGCAGUACUGAAGUCAGGAGAAGUAUAUGCUGUAAAGAAGCUUAUACAUGCUGCUCACAAGGGCUCAAACACAAGCAUGAUCCGUGAACUGCAGACACUUGGUCAAAUUAGGCACAGGAACCUGAUAAGACUAAAUGAAUUCUUGUUUAAGCGCGAGUAUGGUUUGAUUCUCUAUGAUUUUAUGGAGAAUGGUAGCCUGUAUGAUGUUUUGCAUGGGACUGAGCCCACUCCAACUUUGGACUGGAGCAUCCGCUACAACAUAGCUCUUGGAACAGCCCAUGGUCUAGCAUAUCUUCAUAAUGAUUGUUUCCCUGCUAUCAUUCAUCGAGAUAUUAAACCAAAAAAUAUAUUGCUGGACAACGACAUGGUGCCACAUAUCUCAGAUUUUGGCAUUGCAAAGCUCAUGGAUCAAUAUCCUGCUGCUUUACAAACCACAGGAAUCGUUGGUACUAUUGGAUAUAUGGCCCCAGGCCUUGAAAAACGAUGUGAACAACUGAACAGAUGGCUUCUUAACAUUGGUUAUAUUCAACAUGUUAUAGAAAUGGCUUUUUCAACCAAGAGUACUACGGAUUUCGAUGUGUAUAGCUACGGAGUGGUAUUGCUCGAGCUGAUCACCAGAAAGAUGGCUGUGGAUUCCUCGUUCCCUGGCAACAUGGACAUAGUUAGUUGGGUAUCCUCCGAGUUAAAAGAGACUAAUCAGAUCGAGACUAUCUGCGAUCCAGCUCUCGUUGAUGAAGCAUAUGGAACAGACGAAAUGGAAGAGGUGCGCAAGGUGCUGUCGUUAGCUCUUAGAUGCACGGCAAAGGAGGCAAGCCAAAGGCCUUCCAUGGCCGUUGUUGUCAAAGAACUGACAGAUGCAAGGCAUGUUUUUUGCUCAUACUCGAAGCAGAAUUCAGGCCCCAGCAAUUCUUGAUGGCAGACAGUAUACAAAAGGACAAAGCUUGUGCCAUGAAUUUUGGUAGGUACCAUACCAAGAACAAUCCAAUGGCCUAAUGGUGCGGCCACCAACCCAAGUUCAAGUGGCAAGAGUUUUGCUGGCUCAGAUGCCUAUCUCCUUCAGUGAUUGACAAAUCUCCUGGCUGAAAAAGAUUAUCGGAUACGGGUAUAAUUCUUUCGUGCUUUUUCGAAACACGGAACAAAUACAUACGCUUAUAUACACAUGAGCACAUUUACCCCUAAAAGCAUCUUCAAAUGACCGGGUGAUAUAUCUUGGGAUUAACGAAGUAAUCAUCGACGAUCUCACUAUUGAUGUUGAGCAGGUACUACUGUUUUAUAUGUAAAAUUGAUAAUCAUUCUUUGGCGUGGUAUAGGCCUACUAAUCUUGGUGGGCCCAUGACCAUAAAAAAUCAUAUUCCAAGUUCAAGUAUGUAAAAAAAGAAAAAACUUAUGUAAAGAAAAGGAAAAGGAACUGAUGUACCGUGCAACACUUUUAAUCAAUUAUAUACCUGUAUUGUACAUUGGCACGUUGUAUUUGCGGUAUCUAAAAAACAUGUAAAUUGGAUCGACCAUAAUCAAAA